CGUAGCUUAAAGAGGUUAUGUAUACGUAACCUAAAAAUGUCCAAAGCACUUUUAAAUAUAUUUAUGAAUGAAAAUUCAUUGUUACAUCACUUAUUUGCCACCAGAAAUGUGAAUAAGCUCGUAAGAAAUUAUGCGACCAGAAAGCGGUUUUAUAAAAACACAGGAAUACUCCGAAGUGAGGGCAAAUUCGAAGUUACUUUAGAUCAAAGAAAAUUAAAAACACCCAAAGGUAACUUAUUCGUUGUAGAAAAUGAGCCUUUAGCAUUGGCAGUUGCAACAGAAUGGGAUGCACAAAAAGGAAAUAUUAUUCAAAGCAGAAUGCACUUGACAACCUUGUGCAACACCGUAAUUGAUAACCCAAAUAAUUUAACAAAGUAUGAUAUGGUAAAUUAUAUAACAAACUACCUAGACACAGAUACAGUUUUAUUUCAAGACGUUGAAAGUGAUCUCUCCAACCUACAAGAAGCGGAAUGGGAUCCAGUCAUAACAUGGUUUAACAAAAGAUUUGAUGUGGAUGUUGUAAAAUCUAAACAAAUGGAUAUACCACCUGUUAGUCAAAAAGAUAAAACGACGUUAAGCAAACAUUUACUAUCACACAAUUUUGCAACCGUGUGUGGUUUUGUGUAUGGAGUAGAUACUUUAAAGUCAGUUAUAUUAACACUAGCUUGUAUUGAACGGUUCUUGACACCUGAGAAAGCGGUGUUGUUGUCUCGAUUAGAAGAAGAGUACCAGACUGGUCAUUGGGGGCGCGUUGAGUGGGCGCACGACUUAAACCAGCAAGAUCUUCAGUCACGACUAGCAGCAGUGGUCUUAUUCACCUACUUUAACUCUCAAUCAAGUAAAGUGCAGUCUAAAGAUACUCAAUAAAACAUAGUUCAGGUUUUA